AUGGUCGAAAAAGCCAGCACUGGACGACAUAUGGCCUACAUUGCUUCUACAGAUCCGGCAAAGAUAUCCGAGCACUUCAAAGGCAUCAUGAUACAAGAGGUCCUGCAUCCAGCAGCUGUCGCAUUCCCAAAACUCACCGUUGUACUGCUCUAUUUGCAUAUCCUUACCAACAAGUACGAGCGCCUGGCUGCUAAGACGCUAGUCGUUCUCAUUCUUUCUACGUGGAUCUCUUUCACAGUAGCUGUCGGGUUCCAGUGCAUGCCUUUCAGGUUCAAUUGGGACAAGAACAUUCCGAAUGGAAGAUGCUUCAACGUUCAAGUCUUCGCGAACAGCUCUAGCGUACCUAACAUCGCAACCGAUUUGGCCGUCUUGAUACUACCUCUAAGAACAGUGUGGUGUCUGAAGAUCAGUGUUGGAAGAAGAAUUGGGCUGUUACUCAUUUUCCUGACCGGAAGCGUUGGUAUCGUCGCAUCCAUAAUUCGCACCGUCGUGUUCGCCCAAACCCUCGCGGAAGCCGGACCUCUUACAGAUGUAACAUGGAAUCAUGUUGCGCUCAUAAACUGGACAAUGAUAGAGCCCGGCAUGUAUCUCCUCAGCGCUUGUGCCCUCUCGUUCAAACCUCUUCUUCGGAUGUUUGCCAAGGCCCUCCAUCUUCAGGGCUUUGUUACACAUACAAAGUCUACUGUCGGUGUGACCAGAAGUCAUGUCAAAAGAACAUUCACAUCGACCCACACGCAGCCUGAAGUCUUCGAGCUCGGGAACGUCUCCGAGUUUGGCAAGUUUCACCGAUUGAGCGACGAUAAUGCGAGCAGUAGUACUGGUGGGAUUGACGAGGGAAGGAUCGAAAUGACCGCACCGAAGACCGUUGAACUGAAUACAGAGAGAAGACUCGACGAUGAGCGUUGGGACCGCAGUGAUGUCGCGAGCGACCACUUCGGGAGGGCGGUCUGA